AUGCAGCAAGUAACGUAAGACGACGCCAACAACAACGUACAUACAUACAACGAAGGCAAUAAAAGGAAACUGGGCUAAUUUUCCCAAGCGCCACAAUGUACCAUCGACCAAAAAUAUUUCUAUUCUGCUUGAUUCUGCUACAAAUCCGACCUUUCUGCACGUUUCCCACUAUCGAUAAACCAUUUCCCGAUUCACGAAACUAUUUGAGCCGAAAUGAGAAGCAGCCACUUUUCAAGCCACCCGAAUUGGAGGAAACCAUCGAGGAAGUGCAGAGAAUUUUGGCACAGGAUCCCUCUUUGCCCCGCUUGACAAGAGGUGAAAUCGAAGAACUCUAUGAGAAGGUGACGCGCGAAGAAUAUCAAAAAAGCAUUGCAGCUGGCGAUAUGGGGCGCGCGGAUAGCAUGCGUGCGCUAAUGUUGGUGUUACCUUUCAAUACGGACAAUAAUACGGAGGAAAACAUACAGGAGCUCUACACACGUCCGCCUGUCACGAAAGUUAUUGGCGCCUACACAUCACACCCACCCAUCAAGUUUCUUACGCCCGAUCCAAGCGCGCCAGUGAAAACGGAAACUGCGCCCAUUGGCAAUUUUGCAGCAACCACUUACAAACCUUUUUAUUCAUUGAAAACACAAAAGGCGUUUGCACCCAGCCCAACCACAUAUCACCCACCACCACCAGCGCCAGUCAUAUUUAAGAUGACUUCACCCAGCCAGCACGCACCGAUCGGUUUUCAACCCGUCACUAAUAGCGCGGCCUACGAAACGCACGUAGAGCGCAAUCCAACCUCGAAACCAGUGCACCGUUAUAGCAGUCAUUACAGCGCUAAGAACGCAGAUUUUCUCAAGCAGCGCAAGCCAAUGCCCCAAAUAACAACGGUGCGCCCUGUCGCGGAUGUUUUGGAAAGUUUGGGUAUAGUUGGACAAACACAAUCACGCAAUCGUUUUACGAUCGAUGAUUACUAUGCGGCAGAAAGUGCGCCGCAGCCAGUAAUAUCCACUUAUGUGCCACAAACUCUAAGCAUUUCCAAUCUUAAGGAAUUGCAAGGCUAUAGUCUCUCCCCAAAGAUCAGGCCUGACGCCUAUGCGAGCUUUAAGCCGCUAAAUAUUGGCGAAGAGAUACGCGUUAAGCCGGAGGUGGAGGGUUAUCUCACACGUUUUGGCAUAGUGGGUGGCCGAAAACGGAAGGACUUGAAGAAGGGCAAUAAUUUAAAGGGACACGUUGAGCUUGCGGCUGGUGGAAGUGAGAUAUCGACAGCUAAGUUGCCAAGACUCGGCACAGUAGCUGGUUCGAAUAAAGCAGCCAGCAGUGAACUAGAGAAGUUACUCCAGAAUUUGCAAGAACUUGAGCGUUUAAAUGUCAAUCCAAAAGUAUUGACUCCCACCACAACUAUUCGACCGACAACCAGUACCACCACCACCACUACCACGACAACUACGCCAGCACCCACAACUCCGAAUUUGAUAACGAACGGGGAGCCUCUGCUAAUUGAACCGAAGAAGCCGCGAAGACGCAUUGAUCCGAAUAUUGAUAUUAAUUUCGGCAGUUUGGGUAAUCACCAGACAGAGGCGCCAAAUACUGACCAACUGAGUAAGCUGCUCGAGAAUCUGCAAGAGCUGGAAAAAUUGCGCACAAAUCCUAGUAAUGUGCAGAAAACUAUUCCACCGACGACUACGGCUGCCAAUGCCGCACGUGCGGGAGCAUUUCAAUUCGCCGCGCCAACGCCCGCGCCACGUACGCCAAGUUUAGUGAAUCGUUUCAACGAACUCGCGCUACAGUCCACACCGGCUACGCGUAGUUCGGCACAAGCGGAUGCUGCACAACUGCAACAGGUGUUGCGCCAACUGCAGACGUUGGAGCAGGCCAAUGCGCGUACGACGAAGAAACCACAGACCCAGCCUGUGCGGGCUGGAGGUGGUUUUUUGGCUGGGCUUGGUGGGCUUGGUGGCCUCGGUGGUGUUGGUGGAUUAGGUGGUGCACUGGCACCCACAGACGUUUUCAAUUUGCAAAAACUGCUUACCGACGAUCGAGAGCUUGAGCGUUUGUACGAGCAAGCGCGCGCUAAGCAAACUGGCAGAAAGCUCGCGACGACUACAACACCAAAGCCAACAACUACGACUACGCAACGCACUUUAAUAUUGGGCGAUUUGGAUGAUGCUGACUUGCAGCGUCUUUUUGAGCAGGCACGGGCGCGCACUAGUACAACGGUUGCUCCUACAACAACAACCACUACAACAACACCACGAACACCGGCACCGAGUUAUCGUGAAUUGGCACAAUUGCAGAAAUACUUCGCGGAGUUGGACCGCGCACGCACCAGCACCACAACGUCUACGACUACCACAACAACACCUGCACCUACGACUACGACGAGCACUCACCCACCAACAACUACUACUUCGACCACCACAAGCACGACUACAACAACCACGCCAACACCCGCUCUAAGUUCAACCGAUUUGGCACAUCGCAUCACUAACAGUCUUAGUGGACUGAAGCCCAAAAAAUCGGAUGCUGAUAACGAUCAGUUGCAGGAACUCAUCAGCCGCGUGCAACAGCUGGAACGUUUGAACUCAGCCAAGAUUGAAAAUAGUAUACGCGCAACGACAACGGAUACGCCAAUUCCGUUUGUAGGUUUCACCACACGAAAGGUGAAUGCGCCCAACUCCAAGUACGACGAUAACCGUGUGCUUUCAAAUGAUUUCGCACAUUUACAGGAACUCUAUCAGCAGGUGGCAAGUGCAGAACAAGGCGCCUUCGGACGCAUUGAAAUCUCCACAGCUGCCACUGCUGCGAAACCAUCCGCCAAGCGCACGCAGAACUUUGCACAGAAAAUCAUUGACAUUACAAACGAUACCGGCUCUGGUAGCAGUCUACAAGAGGUCGAUCCAAGUGACUUUGUACAGCUACAGAAGCUGUUAAGCAAAGUACAGGAGCUGGAACGUGUAAAGAUACAUGGCGUCCAGGGUGUUUUAGAACCGGUCGCGCCCACACCGACUGUUAGUAGUUACACACGUGACUUUUCUUCCUUGUCUAAUCUGGUAACUUCCGCAUCCGUGCACACCCCCACCGUUCAUAAUUCUAAUGGCGCACAAAUCAUUUACCCCGAAAAGGCAGAUAAGGCACUUGAGUACAAACCAUUCGAGAAUAUACUUAAGACAGACUCUCAGCAACAGAACACCGCUACUACGGCAAGGCCGCAUGUUGCGAAAAAAGGUAAUGCUGUGGAAGAACCCACAUCCAGCGAGGAGUUGCGUGAGUUGGCCAUGGCGGCACCAGCGAACCCAACGAGCUCGACAUAUGACAAGGAUUUCGAACAUUACCAAGAGUUCUUCAAGAAGCUUGAGGAUGAUGAGCGGAAUUCGUAUAAGAAUAUGAAGCCACCAAUGAUAUAUAAGACGGCGACAAAGGAACCGCCACGAUUCAUCGAAACACACAAACCGCAUGAGGUGUCCAAGCAAAAGAGUAGUAAUGUGCAGCAAAAAGCCGAUCUCGAGGAACUACAGAAGCUUUUGAGCAAUGCGCAGCAACUAGAAAAAUUAGGCGUCACCUUGCCCACAGAGUUAUCGCAACAAAUUGAAUCCAAACUAAUUAAACCAACCCCCAACGGACAACUAGAGAACCAGCUGGAAACAUCCACAUCGAAAUCAGUGCAUAUAGUAAUGGCAGCACAUCCAAAAUCAGAUAGAGAAUUUAACGAUCUAAUGAGUAAUUCAGGGUUACUCCAAAACGAUGCCGAACAUAAAUCCACAAGCACUACGUUCCCGACAAUUAAGCAGGAUGUAACAAUUGCCGAGGAUAUUGUGGAAGAAUCUAGCGAAAAAGAAGCGUUCUUUUCACUAACCACGCCAAAAUCGCUCACACCAAGAGAACCCAAGCCCACCACUUCAAGUGCUUUGGAUCUGCCUAUUUUCAGUGCAACAAAAAUUAUUGAGGCGGCCAUCAAACGUGCAGCCAAUAAAAUAGGUGUAUCCACAGAACAGCCACUGGGUUUCCAAAGGCGUAGUGAUACGGAUGUUUAUGCCGACAUGGACCCAGGCAGUAUGGACGAUCUGAUGGGUGAGUUCAGCGAGAUGAAUUAUCAAUUGGCUUCGCCGGAUGUAACCGUAAGUACGCCACAAAGCGAUCCAACAGCACCAAAUUCGGAAACUGAAGCGAGCCAACAAACUGCAGCUGCGGACGAAUCGGUAGAUAUAACGAAAGAUCUACUAGAACUGCAGCGCUUGAUCGGCAACUUGCAAGAACUGCAAAGUCUAAACCUCACCGUCAAUUCAGCUUUGCUGCGUCAAGCAGACGCUAAGUAUCUGGAAACGUUGAAGAAACAGCAAACAAUGGCGGAUGAUACUAUAAAAAGUCGUCGACAAAGUGUAACUCCAGUUGUACUGGCGACAAGUGAAAGCUCAACGGCGAGCAUAGAUACAAACACCGACGAUUCGGAUAUUUCACCAGAUCCAGUAGAUACUCAGACUGCGGCAAGCGCUUCAAGUGACACCAACAGCGCGCCAGAAGACACUACAACUAGCAGUAGCAGCAGCACGACGACUACGGAGGAGUCGCGCAAUGGUUCACUUGCUGAUCUGGAAGACUCUUUUGGUGGCGCUGAUACGAAUAAGGAAGAACCAAAGCCGCCAAAACGUAAGAAUGGUUUCUACUUUCUGGCCGAUUGGAACUCUUUCCUAGAAGUGGGUGAUGGCGAUGAUCAAGUGAUAGUACGUCUGAGUCCGAAAAUAGGCGAUCCACGAUUAUUUAUACCAGUCAAAGUACCAUAAAGAAGA